AACUUAUGGCCUAAGUUUCCGUUCUCGGUAAAUAUUGAGACCUUGGAGGGCAAGCCCAGUGCGGUUGAGUGAUAACGGAAAGCCGAGGAAGCUGGAUUCCUCUUUCGCAUCUCCUAUGUGCCACUGAGAGUGAAGAAGAAGAAGUAGAAGAAACUUUCCCACAGGAAGAUGCCGAAACUAAGACUGCCCAAGGAGGAACCCGUUGACAGCAAGCCGGUCGAAGGCAUAAGAGUAAAGCAAAAACGUAAAAAUGCGCACCAGGUGCGUAAGUAUUUUCAGUCCGAUGGAGAAAAAAAGCAGAAGUGCAGUUUCUGCGGCUGGGAAACGCGUGAAAAUGCUACACGAAUGGUGCAACACAUUGUGCAACGGUGCACUGAUGCAUCCCCGGAGGCUCGGAAAGAGAUAUCGGCCUCGGUGGUGGACGCAGAAGAGCGACAACUGCAGUCCUUCUAUACAUCCCACAACAAAAAGGUUGUGCAUGAUUUUUUCAAAUCAGUGGACAACGAUCGGAAGCGUCAGUGUGUGUUCUGCAGAUGGACUACGAUUUUGAACCUUACACGGAUGCGCUACCAUAUCCUCGAGAUGUGUCACUAUGUCCCGCUCGAGAUCCGGCAAAGCUUUAUGAAGCAGGAAAACACGGACGAUUCACAGUAUGAUACGUACUGCAUUGUGAACGUGGAUGACGGUGAUCGCAAAGGACUGCAGGUGGUAUCCAGCAGCUCAUUGCAGCAACAUACUGAUUCGGAAGUGGUUGAGGAGGUAGUGAUCAAUACUGUCGAUUACAUCGAUCAGGAAGAGACAGACACGUACUACGAAGACGAGCAAAUGGAACAAAUUUCGGAAGACCAACCGGAUGAUACGCAAGCCACGAAGCCUGCAUCAGAAGAUGAGAUGGAGCUUGAAAUGGAAGAUGAUGAAAAUCUAAGCGAAGAAGAACUUGAACAUGAAGAUAAGAAAGCUGAAAUUCAGUUUGUUAAUUUUGCUGAAGGAUACUACACGGUAAGCAAAUCGUGUAAUAUUCCAGAAAGGUCCAAGCCCGUUAUGAUCGUAAAAUCUCCGAAAGAUCAAGGAAUAGAAAGUCGAGCGGAUCAAACCGUCAAGCCAUUUUCAAAACCCACCCCUCCAUUGGUCAGAGUGUUAACACAAAAGAAUCAACCCAGAUUGAGCGCACAACUGAGUAAAGUUAGGUUGUGUUCGAACGUUGCCAACCCACCAAAGCAAGCUAUUGUGGUGAAGAAAGAAGCCACCAUGCAAUCUAUUCGAAAAAGCGACCAGACUGCACCAAUAGCAGAAACGCGACAAGAAAAGGCGGUACUACGCCCUCAAAUAUCACCUAACAUCGGUAAGACAUCGCAGCAGACAAAGCAUCGCGUAGCAACCUCGACGUCUCUUCAUAAUACCCCUCGACAGGUAAACGAUGCGGCUGUGCCAGAAGAUCAAGGAUCGUGCCAUUCGUUCGGUGGUGGACAUGUGUACCCACAGGAAGCACCGCGAUUCGUCGACCACAAGCUCCAGUACACAAAGGCAGUCAUCUCGCGUCCAGCACCGGAGUUCGAAGCUACAGCCGUCGUCGAUGGCGCCUUCAAGAAGAUCAAACUUUCGGACUACCGUGGCAAAUAUUUGGUAUUCUUCUUCUACCCGCUCGACUUCACGUUCGUGUGUCCCACCGAAAUUCUUGCCUUCUCUGACCGUGUGAAUGAGUUCAAGAAGCUAAACGCGGAGGUGAUUGCGGCCAGCAUCGAUUCCCACUUUACCCAUCUCGCCUGGAUAAACACGCCGCGAAAGGAGGGUGGUCUCGGUAAAAUUAACAUUCCGCUGCUGAGCGAUAUUACACACAGCAUCUCCAAGGAUUACGGUGUGUUUUUGGAUGAUCUGGGCCACACCUUGCGUGGAUUGUUCAUCAUCGAUGAUCGCGGCAUCUUAAGGCAAAUCACCAUGAACGACCUUCCGGUCGGACGGUCCGUUGACGAAACUUUACGGCUAGUGCAAGCAUUCCAGUACACGGAUAAGCACGGAGAGGUUUGCCCUGCCGGAUGGAAACCAGGCCAGGAUACGAUUGUACCUAACCCGGAAGCGAAAAUUAAGUAUUUUGAGAAAAAUCAUUGACAGCAUGUGGUCCAUUUUAUGUGGUUUUAUUUAGAUGGUUUAUUUUCAAAAUACUAUACAGUAAUUUCCCGA